CUCAGGACUCUCACAGACUCGCCGGCGCCAGGACUUCACACACUCACAGGAUAUGUAAAGACUUCAAUAACGAGCCAUUAACCUCUAAUCAUCGGGAUCGAUCGGGCGUUAACAAGGGCCCCCCACACAUGCAAAUGACGGUGAGCGCAGGGCCCCUAUAAACGCCGGCCGUGGACAGGAGCUGCUGACACACACUCCCUCUGACAUUAACUGGAUUCACAGGUCGCUGAGCAGCACUGGCAACAUGGUCAAAUACUUUUCCGUGGACUGGCUGGCCCAGAGCCACCGCAGCACAGCGCCCACUGAGGAGCACGGAGCUGGCGUGGAUCCCACACUGACCUGCAGACCCCACAUGCCCUGCGUGGUGCAGCCGCGUCCUCCGUCUUUUGGCAGAGGUUACCUACAGCCGAAACCCAAACCAUCCAAACCCGUGGAACAUAUGGAGCCAGUGGAUAUCAACAGGCCUCUGAGCUCACCUGAACAUUCAAUAAACUGCGCCUCACCAAUUUCAGAAAUCAGCAGCUACUCCUCCGGGUAUGAGAGCGAGGCAGCUUCCUCCGAGUGUCCCUCUGUGGAUGAGGGGAGCGAGGUGGAGAAAGACGGACCUCAGCGCCGGAUGCGCACAAAGUUCACCCAGGAGCAGAUCAGCAAACUGGAAAAGAUCUUCAACAAGCACAAGUACCUGGACGCUGGAGAGAGAGUGAAAACUGCGCGGAAGCUGAACCUCACAGAAACUCAGGUGAGGACGUGGUUUCAGAACAGGAGGAUGAAGUUGAAGCGUGAGGUGCAGGACUACCUCUCCCCCCAAGUGUCACCGGUGAUGUUCCAGCCGCUGCCCCCGGCUCAGUACCACAGUGUGGCCGGACAGCAUCCCCACUUCCCCCCUGCAGGCCCGGCUUUCUACCCGGUCCCCGUCCCGCAGAUGAUCCUCCAGCAGCCCAUGCACCAACACCUCCCUCCUCAUCAUCACCGCAUGAUCCACAAUCCCCAUUUCUACUGACGAACUGAAAACUACUGAGACUUUUCCCACCUGAAACACUUAGAAUCAAAGAGAGUGCAAUCCAGAGUUGUUUUAUUUGACGUGUGUGUGUUUAUUAUAUUUGAUAUAGAAAUUAUAUGAUUCACAGAAAAUUAUUUAUCUCUAAAUAAAGUCUAUCUUCUAUACUGCA